AUGACUCAUGCCUUCGUGGACAUCAAAAUACAACAUGAUGGACGUUAUCGGCGUUCUCCUGGAGAACAAAACUCAUAUCCUGCGAACUUUGACGUUAGAUUUGCUGCAUUUAACGAGGAUGUCAGUUUACCACUCACAAGAAAUGAUGACGUAAACCAGAACGCGCCUAUCUACGUCACUCGUGGUGGUGUUGUAACCAGACAACACGUUCCUGUACUUCAGAAUACAGCUUUGUAUCAGAAUAUUGAAAAAGGAGCAGCUUUUAUGGUUGAGUUUAAUGACACUCACAUAAACAAUAUAUUUGGAUCUUUACAUUUGAAUAAUGAGGAGUACUUCCUUGAAAAGACAAACCAAACACAACAUUGGAACGAAGCAACAAAUCAAACAGGAUCUUUCAACCAAGAACGUCGAAAUUUAUACAAACUUUUUAAGGCAAAAGAAAUGGAUUUAAAAUACGAUUACAUUUUGAAAGAUGGCCGAACUGGAGUAGAUCACAUGAGACAGAGUUUUGGCCACAAUACCGGAAGUUACGUUAGAGAUAAAAGGGCGGUAACUGCUUACCAGAUUGAACUGUUAAUAGUGACUGAUUUCUCCGUUUAUCAGUAUUGGUAUGAUGAUAGCACAGCAACAACGACAUCAGAGAAAGACGAGGAGGCAAAAGCAUCCGUUCGUCAGUUUUAUUCUUUUGUCAUUAAUGCAAUUGAUGUUCGUUAUAGGAGUAUCGUAUCAUCCUCGAUGUCCAUCAGUGUGGUUUUUGCAGGCAUAUAUAUAUCAGACAGCUUAGCAACAUCAACAUGGACGGAAGAUAGAAUACCAAACGGCAAUAAUUAUGCUGUAGAUAUUGAUACAGUCUUGACUAAAUUCCGGACAUGGGAACAAAGUACUUCCGGUCUUCCAGGUCAUGAUCAUGCGAUGUUGUUCACUAAAUACGACUUUUUCAACAACGGUGAUAGUGGAGUAGCAGGUCUAGCUUAUUUAGAAGGGAUGUGUUCAUCCAGUAAGCAAUCAGUGGUAGAAGAUUUGUUUGAUUUUGGUAUAAUGACAAUCGCAGCUCACGAACUAGGUCAUAGUUUGGGUGCAUCACACGAUGGGGAGGGAAAUUCUUGUUCAUUUAAUGAUGGUUAUAUUAUGGCAGCUACGAGUGUCAUUCACCUAGGAUCAACAGCAUCUAAUCCAUGGAGGUUCUCUACAUGUAGUGUUAAUGAUUUUCAAUCCUUUAUCGCCUCGCUCGAGUUGGGGUCGAAUUGCUUAACCUCCUUGAGUGCAAAUUUUGACCCUACGGCCUUGUCACCAUACGAUCAACUUAUCCCUGGUCAGAUCUAUGAUGCAGAUGAACAAUGUAGACACAUAAUUGGCGAGAACUCCUUUUUUUGCAGGGCGUUCUACUACCAGGACUACUCCAGUAUAUGUAACAGGAUGUAUUGUUCCUUGGCAGACGGGUCCGGCUUCUGCUCUGAACACGUUCCCGCUGACGGUACCUCCUGUGGAAAAAACAAGUGGUGUGUGGAAGGAGCCUGUGUAUCCAACAUGUCAGCACCGAGCGUAUCAGACAUGUGUCCAUUUGGAGAUCAAUCUGGAAUAGUGUCGUCGGGCCACACCUGCGAAAGUAUUGCACAACUUAAUAAGUACAACUGUAACUCCACGGGAUGGUACAGUUACUGCUGUAGUACAUGUGGCGCCCUCUACACCGGAAUUCCAGGAUGUGAAUACGGCGACAGGAGCCCACAAUGCAAAGCAGAAAAUUGUCAGUUUUAUAGUCAGACCAAUCUAGAUAUAUGCUGUGGUUCAUGUUCAGUAACAACCACCACUUCAACUGCAACUACAACAACACCUACACCAACUACCACUACACCAACUACUACUACAACUCCUACUACAACAACCACUACACCAACUACUACUACAACCACAACAACCACUACACCAACUACAACUACGACUCCUACCACAACAACCACUACACCAACCACAACAACAGCUCCUACCACAACAACCACUACACCAACUACAACUAAAACUCCUACCACAACAACCACUUCACCAACUACAACAACAACUCCUACCACAACGGCCACUACACCAACCACAACAACAACUCCUACCACAACAACCACUACACCAACUACAACAACAACUCCUACCACAACAACCACUACACCAACUACAACUACUACUCCUACCACAAUAACCACUACACCAACUACAACUCGUACCACAACAACCACUACACCAACUACAGCUACAACUCCUACCACAACAACCACUACACCAACUACAACUCCUAUCACGACUACCACUUCAACUUCCACUCCAAGCAUCGGCCCAAUUACAAACAGUACAUCUACAACAACUAGUACAACUCCACUGACAGCGAUGUCUUCAACUACACAAGCAGCUGUGGAGACAGACGAAUUGAUAAAUGUGUUGGUGAUUGGAGUUUCUGUGGGCGUGGCAGGGUUACUUCUCAUCAUCCUUAUCGCUGUUGGAAUAUACCUAGCCUGUCACGCGAGGAGACGAAACACCGGUCUUAAAACCAACAACACUGUCACGGACGCGUAUAAUGGCAAGAUGCCAGCAGGACCAACAGCGCCGACACCUGUCAUGGUUAACAUUCCAUACCAUUCUGAGCUCAAUACUUCAUCGUCGCCUCCACCACGCAAUGUUCGUGCGAACACACCAGGAAUUUACAAUGCACAAAUGUCAUCACUACUGACACAGAAAAUGUUGUUUAGUGGAUAUAGAAAUCACGGCCUACAGAUGGACAGUGACACACCUACUAAUAUUCCUCAUUUGCACUAA